CUCGUAGAUGUAGCACAUUUUCAGGUUUCAGUAAGGUAGGCUUGGACAUUUCUAUAGACGUUGAUGAUCACGUACUUAGUUGAAUGAGAUGCUAUUUUUUUAAUUAGCUAGAUAUGUUGCCUACUGUUUUGUCUGGGGAACUUUUAUCGUCUUUUUUUUUAUUUCACAUCUCGCACAGUUUUUCGGUGCAAACGGAUUUAAGAUUCCCAUGAAAAUAGUGUAGUGCGUACAUAGUUACCUAUUUGUAAUCGAUAUUAUUUCGAUAAUGGCAAUCGGGCAAUUUGGUUACUUGCAAAACUGUAAAACGAUAUUUUUAUUUGACUUCAAAAAUCAGUACGACUAAGCGCUACUAUGUUUUGAAUAACAAUCAGAUGUUAAUAAAAUUGUUAAUAAGUCAAACUGUAAAUCAUUUAGUCUAUUAAGAUUCUGCAACUUAAGAUAAGUAAUUAUUUUAAAAUGCACACUCGAAUUUAAAAUAUAAAGAAAAACCAAUAUUUAUGGUAGUUCUUAUUAUUGUUACAUUGAGCGCAUAUUAGCAUAGCAGAAGAGUCAUAUAGAUAGGGGUUGAAUUAUAAAAGAAAUCAGGCGGAGCUACGAUUAAACCCUUGCAUUAUCAUUCAGGACAAUAGAAUUAUGCAAAGUAAGUGACUUCUCUGCAACUUGCUUAAGACGAUGUCAGUAAUACAGUGAUAGUUCUAGAGGUUUGACAAACUGGUGGUAUACAGUGAAGAAAAAAAUAAUAACAAAUCUGGUGAAAUAAAAUUUAAUAAAAUACUUUGGAAAUAAGGAACAUAAAGGUAAGGAAAGAUAAUAACAUAGUUGUAAUAAUUAAAUUUUUGGUUUCGUGAGUAAAUAGGUACACAUUAUUUUUUUUAUUUAAAUUUAAAUGAAUAAUUAAUGAUUAAAUAAAUAUUCAGUAUUUAAUGACAUUCAUCUCACUACAUGAUUAAAAGUGUGUAUAAUUCAGUUUAGCUUUCAUAAUAAUUGUAAUUUACUACUUUAAUUUUUAAUUAAGAGAAAAAAACAUGACUACCAAGAAAGAAUAUGUAAACUUAUUUAAAAACAGGUGGGUAAAUACUAAAUUUUGAUGAACAAAUGUAAUGUUUUAGUGAAGAUAGUGAAAUGAAAAAAUAUAUUCGAUGUAGAUUACAAAACGUUGCAUAAUGAAGAAUUACUUGCUUGAUUGCGAUAUUUUUUUGGUUUUUUUAAAAAGCAUUUUUCAAUUUUUUUGUUAGUUUUCUGUUUAUAAUUUAUUCGGGUUCAUUCAUCCUAAGACGAGCAAAAUCUUCAAACACAAUGUUGUCUUCUUCUUCGUUAGUAUAAAGGGAAUUCUCGUAGCGAUGUCUUUCGAUCGACUGCAUUUUCUUCAUAGCGUUGAAACGCUGGCGUUCAACAGUGCCUGAACGGGAUGAAGCAAUUUAAAUGGCACGUCAGUAACCAAUUCACCUCCAAGAGUGCCACAGUUCAACUUCACGCGAACUGAAUAGGAUACCACGAUACCAAUAGCAUCAGCUGGGCACUUUCCUUCAGCUACAAGAGUAGAACUGGCGAGAUUGACAUCGUCCUCCUUCAGGUGGCCAUCUAAAGCUACACCUCGUAUAUCCUUGUUGCUACGAGCCAAAGGUACCAGAUAGAAAGUUUUUGAAAGGCUAGCCCCAGGUGUUACGGGACAUCCCUCGCGACUUUCCAGUGAAGCAACAUGGCGGCUGAAUUGAGAGUUGAUCAUUGUAAUCUCGACAUGUUGCACGACCAUGCAUCGAAUAUUACGUACAGACUUUCGCGAAUUAUUAGAAACAAUGAUGUUAGCUGCAAGUUUCUCUCCAUGAUAGUAAAUUUCGCGAUCCAAAGUAACUUCCAAAUUAAUUUUGCCAUUGCUGAAGGUAAAUCCUUUGCUCACCAAGGAACUUGGAAGACGACGACCGCGAGAAGUUGGAGCGUGUUGCAACUUCUUGAUAGCAAGAGUGACAGAGCUUCUCUUAUGACUUUUCUGGUCUUCGUUUUCAGCUACGUAAGUUCUUACGCAGUAAUCAACACCCAUGGGUUUUCCCUGGUCUUCUUCAGAGGGUUGGAGAGUUACCGAACUAGGUGCCAUUUCUGGGAAAUUGAAUGUAAAAGGGUAGGCGUUAGGGCCAAGUUUUUUCAAUAGCUUUUCCUGCACCGGUGUUAGUUCCAUUUUUGCAUUAAUCAAAGGCACGACUUGUUCUUGACCGAUCACCAUUUCCUUGGAGAACUUCACACCCAUAACUUCAUCUUCCUCCCUACCAAAGCGAUAGGUAGUCACGAGCUGACUGUAAACUUUUCUUCCUUUCAGAUACUCGGUAUCAACCACCACAACUCCAUCGACAGGAUCGCAGUAAUCUAUAUGAUCAAUGAAGUCGCGUUUACCAAGGUAAACAGUUAUUUUUCCAUUUGGGGUGGUUUUCUUAAAUACUUUCACUGCCACCACAAAAGCAAGAGACAAGUAAUCCAACAUCUUGCUGGACAUUGAGGAUGAAACGAUGAAUAAAAUAUACUAAAUGGAGUACUAAUGGGGCUUUAAUAUAUUGAGUACUGAAAAGACUCAGUGUGUUUGUUGUAAAGCUAUCACCAGAAAUGAAUAGUUUGAGGAAAUCGUCCUUUUAUAACAGUAACAUGUAAGGUUUCGUGGGAAUUAGAAUAGCGAUCUAAUUGGAUUAUGUUCGUAGGUAGACUAAUAGGAUUUGCAAGUUUAUGACGCAUUGGCAGUAUCUGAAUCGAUGUGAUGUCACAUCACUAUGCCUUGCGUUUCGUUUUACCAUACAAUGACGUUUGGUUCUGUUUGUUUAUUUUGUCAUUGACCCAUUUGUCAGUAGAAUGAAAAUAAAUUGGUUAGGUUUAUAGAGAUUUGCACAAGAAAUUUUGUUCUAAUGUUGACAAAUAAUAUUUUUAAGAAGUAUUUAUUAAUUUAAGACAAAUGUAGAUAAACAUAACAUUAAAUAAGAUUUUUAAUAAUCUUGAAAUGUUAGUUGAUUUUCAGUGAAAUACGUUUAUUUACGUACAAGUUGUUUGUUUUACUUAAUAUUUCAAUUUAUUUUCACUAAAGUUCUAUUACAUCAAGUUAUUUUUGUUGUGCUUUGUGUGCAAUGUCUUGGGCUUGGCAAUCAAAAUAUUAAGCAGGCUAUUGCAGUUACACUAUCAGUAUGCCUACAUUCUUGACACCAGGCCGACAUGGCUACAGUGUUCAAUUUUCCCGGACACGUCCAGACAUGCUGGCUGUUGCAACCAGUCAGUACUAUGGCUUGGCCGGAGGCGGAACCUUGUUCUUCUUAGAAAUGUCACCGGACGGUAGCACCAUAGUAGAAGUUCAGAAAUUAGAAUGGACAGAUGGGCUAUUUGAUGUGGCGUGGUCGGGGUGUAGUGCGGAGGCUGCGGCGUGCGGCGCGGGCGACGGCGCUGUGGUGGUGUGGCGGGUAGGAUGUGCCGCCCCGCUGCGCGUGUUACGAGCGCACAACGCAGAGGUGUGCUCUGUGGACUGGCCGCGCGGACAUCUGCUCAGCGCAAGUUGGGAUACUUCCGUCAAACUGUGGGAUCCCGAAGCGGAGACGUGCGUGAGUCGGUUCCUGGGCCACUCGCAGUUAGUUUACCGCGCAGCGUUCUCCCCGCAUUCCGCGGCUAGCUUCGCUUCAGUCUCCGGAGAUGGACACCUCAAGCUGUGGACUUGUGCCGACCCGGCACGUCCCGCCGCUGUCGUUAAAGCGCAUGAUGCUGAGGUACUAUCAUACGACUGGAGUAGAAGCGACUCGCACGCGCUAGCGACCGCCGGCUCCGAUGGCUUGGUACGGGGGUGGGACUUAAGAAGGCUCACAUCGCCUAUGUUCACUCUGAAAGGUUGCGAGUGUGCAGUAAGGAGAGUACAGUUUUCACCGCACUCGCCUUCCGUUAUAGCCGCUGUGUCAUACGAUUUUACCACGAGGUUAUGGGACUUAAAGCGCGGCUGCGAUCCUCUAGAGACCAUAAGACAUCAUUCCGAGUUUACAUACGGACUGGAUUGGAACACUCUACGGCCGCACCAAUUAGCCGACUGUGGUUGGGAUUCGCUAGUUCACGUGUUUACUCCACGAUCGCUGCUCACUAGUACCACUGAUCAUGUAUGAAACUCCUAGAAGAAAGCUGUCAGAAAAUGUUUGUGAUACUGUGCCAAAUGCGAAAGUCUUAAAGGGUAUGUGGUGGUUGAAUUUUGUUAAGGAAGAUAAAAUUAUGUAGUUUGUACUUAAAACAGUAUAAAAGUAAGCAAAAUAACCUUUCGGCAACCGUAAUUUAAUGAAGAUAAACUUUAUUGCUUAAACUGCAAAUCACAUGUUUGAAUAAUGUAAGUUAGAAAAGUCUUUUUUAAAAGAUCAGGAGACCUACUUUAUUUCAACGAAAAACGAAAUUUCGCACGUUUUUACUCUGUUUCUUUUCCAUUUCGAAAAUUCGUUCGUCCGAAAAUAGUUUAUGACAAUUCAAUUCUCCAAGCCUACUCUAAUUCACAAAACUUUCAAACGAUAAUUGUUCGAAAUUUUAACCUUUAAUUGACGAAAUGAAAAGUGUUACCUUAUCAUUUUCGUUUUGGGAUUUUUAUUUAAAUUAAGCCUAAUAUGAGUGCUACAGUAUUGUUAACCAAGGCUACUUAGCGUGAGGAUCAUUUUUUAGCAAGUCAAAUUUACAAAUACACUAUUUUUUUAUUAAUUAAUUGUAUUUCCAAUACAUUUAAGUAUUAAACGACAAAUUUAGGUUGACAUACAAGAGACAUAGAAGAAGACAUAGAUUGCAACAACUCUACAAAUAUGGUCGGUUAACACACUGUCAAAGAAGGUUCUUUUAAUCAGAAAUUUUGUCGUAAAAUAAUAUUGUUGCCAAGUAAAAAACUAGCUGAAAAGUAUAGGUACAUAAAAAGAACUCACAAACAUGACUUAUUCCAUGCGUUCACGAAAAUUGAUUGUGAUUUAGAACUUUAUGUGCGUAUUCGAAAAUGAAAUAGAGUAGAAUAAUCACUGGCAAAAUUUCCUUUAAAAUUCGUUCUUUACCGAAAUAUUGUUUCGGAGAAAGAGUAGAGCUCUAGAUCAAUAGAGCAUUAUUUUUAUUAAUAACAUUUUCGACAUGCAUCCCUUUCUCUCUUUUGAUUCCAAAUCUAGUUUUAGGUUUGAAAUUACAAAAACCAAACUAAACUGCCGAUUUAAAUAAUAAGCGGUUUAAACGAAGCCGUACACGUUUUUAUAGACCAUUAUUUUAUCAAAAUAUUGGCGUAAUAUCAGUAUAUCAAUUGGGUAUGUUUCUUCCAUUUUAAGAAUUAAUGGUAAAUCUAAUAGGAACUGGGAACAACAAAUGAGUACGUAUGUUCAAAAUGUUGAUUUCGUUAUAAACCAGUGAUUUACUGAUAAUUGUUAAUAUUAAUUAGGUUGGGGAAAAACUUUCUCUGCGUUUUAAAUAUAUGAAAAUUCAAGACAGUUUUUAAUAAAGUUUAUUUACAUUUAACUAAUGUGUGUAGGUGCCAUUUUGAUCGAUAACUUUUUGCCAUCUUGUAGGUAGAGACAUGAUCCCAUUGCUAUAGAAAUUUUGGGGCUUCUGAUCAAAAAACUGCGAUAAAUGCUUUUAGCAGUCCGCUCGUGAUCUAAAGAAUUCUGAAAAGACCGAAACAGGUGGAAAUCUGAAGGUGCAAGGUCAGGACUAUACGGCGGAUGCAUUAACACCUCCCAGUCAAACUCUCUUAAUUUUAGAUAAGUGGUUAAAGAUGUGGGAGGCCUGGCGUUAUCAUGAUGAAAAACCACACACACCCCUUUUGUUGAUUUUCUUGCCGGUUCUUCUCAGUACAAGGUCUCCCGCCGUAGUUUUGCGAACCGAUGGCGUAGUUUUCGACUUUCACAUGUGCUUGUAAAAGCCUAAACUGAAUAAAUGACUUGAAUUGAAUUGAUUAAUUCCGGCCGCUUUCUCACAACUUCUUGCUUUAAUCUCAUCAGUUGUUCGCAGUAGAGUUCAGAAUCGAUAGUCCUGCCUGGCAUUAACAGCUUAUGAUGAAUAAUGCCCGUCAAAUCCUGUUUCGCCAGAGUCUGUGAAACCUGACUGGCCUUUGACCACGACGUUUUUCGCACGUUCUUGUCG